CAGAAGAAUUCACAGGAUGACCGCCACACAGGGAUUCCUAUGGGCUGUGUUGUCAUGGCCCUGCCUCCUCGGGGCCAGCUUCCUGCUCGAGUGUACGGAUCAGGACCAAGUCAUCCACCCCUACUGUUUAUCCAUCUCACAGGAGAAGCUUCUCGACAGAGUGAUCCAGCAUGCCGAGCUCAUCGACCGUGUCGCGGAAGAGUCGUCCUCUUUGUUUGAGGACAUCUUCGUCCCGUAUCAGUUGCGGCUUCAGAGGAACCAGGCCGCUUACCCGUGCAUUACGAAGGCCAUCCCGAUUCCAAACUCCAUAGGCGAAGUCCAGCAGAUGUCUGACAAAUGGUUGCUCCACUCCGUGCUGAUGCUGGUCCAGUCAUGGAUCGAGCCCUUGGUCUACCUGCAGACAACGCUGGACCACUAUGACGGCGCUCCCGAAAUGCUCCUCAACAAAACCAAAUGGGUGUCCGAGAAACUCAUCAGUCUGGAGCAAGGAGUGGUCGUUCUCAUCAAGAAGAUGCUGAACGAGGGCCUGCUGACAACGAGUUACAGCGAACAAGGCCUGUUCCAAUAUGACAGGCAAACAGACAUGGUGGAGUCUGUCAUGAGGGACUACAUCUUAAUCAGCUGCUUCAAGAAAGACUCCCACAAGAUCGCCACGUUCCUCAAGAUUCUCAAGUGUCGACAAAAUGACAACUACAACUGUGCAUGAAAACGAAAUGCUGCAUUUUGAAACUUGAUAUGAAUUCUUAUCUACUUUCUCUAAAAGCAAUUGCCUGAAAUAAAU